AUGUCGCGGGAUCCUCGAGCCCUGCUGAUGGUGAUACCAUUACUAUUUGGUUGUCUCGUGUUGGCUGCAGGUAAUUCUAAAAACACAGGUUUUCUGUACUUUGUGCUAGGUCGGACUAUUCCGGAUGCCACAUUGGUAAGGGGAAUUGAAGGAAAUCCAACGGCUCUAGCGUGCGACAUGCUGGGAUCUGUCGCUGACUUUGGGUGGCGAAAAAUCAGAGGGCGACCGACAAGCGAGGAGAACUUAAAGACACUCACCGAAACUUGGUGCUACAACAAGACGUAUUCAAGAACGAGUCUAUAUUUCCCAAACUUCUUAAAGAGAGAUGAAGGAACUUACGAAUGCUGGGCAAAUGAUGACGAAAACUUGACAACAAGCAGUGGCAUUAUACUUUCUGUUGAUAGGAAUGUGAACUAUGUACAGUUGCCUCUCGUUGCUUUGAAUCAGAAUGAGAUUUGUGUGAAAUGGAAGAUUUCAUGUUUUCUUUGUGAGGAUUUGGUUACGUCGCUUCGCAUUGAAUCCCAGGAAAACGAAUCACGCGAAUGGCGUGACGUGUAUCAGACGUCAGUUAAGUUCCUCAGUGGUGUCUAUAUUGCGGAGAGAUUGAAUGAAGACACAGACUACUGGUUCAAAUUUAUUUGGGGAUUGAAAUAUUCAGGAAAUGUUGUUACUUUUUCCGGACCAACAAAGACGCUGAAGAGAAAACCUCUAUACCUUCCAAUCGUUUCGGUUAGAGAAACGUCUGUUGAUUCAAUAACGAUUGAAUGGCCGGAGCCACCUCUGGAGAUAGAAAAUUGCUUUGAGCGGUACAAGGUUAUUAUGUACGAGUCAAACAGCAGGGAAGGAUUGAGGUUGAUGAAAUCAGAAGUCAUCGGAAACACUUAUAGAAAAUUUGAGAAUCUGAGAACUUCAGCCGCUUAUACGUUUGAAUUAAGAUUAUGCACCGAGGUUUGGUGUCAACCUGGCGAAACUUUCUGGUUGAAAGAUAUCGUCCCGAAAGACAGAGAUCCGAAAUUCACCCCGAAUGUUUCGGUAGUCGAAACGGGAGUUGCUUCAGCAACGAUUGCGUGGAACGCACCACCAGCGAACUUCGAAGACCGCAUUUAUUACUACAAAUUAGCGUUGGACAACGGAGACUUCCAGAAAGAACUGUACGUGAACAAAACUGAGAAUUCUCAUACAUUCAAAAAUCUACCGCCGAACACGACUCAUCGAUUCAAAGUAGCGGCCUGCAGCGAUUACAAAACGCAAUGCGGUAAUUGGAGCGAAGAACGAAAAGCUUUUAUACACGUCACAGAUUCCACAAGUGUGAUAGAAGAUGAAAUAUGGCUGAUCACGGGAGCAAUAGCUGUUCACCUUGUCUUCGUCGUUGUAACGAUGCUGGUUCGGAACUAUCGCAGAAAGGCACUGAAGCGAAAAAUCAUAAAAGCACGACUGGAGAACUUCAAUUUCAGGGCCCGGAUUUCUCUAGAUCCAGAAUUGGCUGUGAGCGAUCAGGCCGAGUUACUGCCGUAUAACAAGAAAUGGGAAUUUCCACGGGAUCUCCUCAAACUCGACGAAGUACUAGGAAGUGGUGCAUUCGGCGUAGUGAGGAUGGGACAUGCAAAAACGAUUUCAUCACGCGAAACAGUCACGACAGUUGCCGUCAAGACGGUCCGACCGACGGCCAACCUGAAGUGCAUGAAGGCCCUUUAUCGCGAACUCAAGAUUCUCGUUUACCUGGGUCAACAUCUGAACAUCGUCAACCUCCUCGGCGCGUGUACCAAAAAUAUUGAUUUGGGAGAACUGUUAGUCAUCGUCGAAUACUGCCGAUACGGGAAUUUGCACGACUACUUGAUACGACGCAGAGUCAACUUUGUCAAUCAAUUGAAUAGUUCCGGGGAAAAAAUCAGCGUUUCGGCUGCCUGUGAAGACGCGAUGAAUAUCGAUGACGUUGGUAUAAACACGGAUAGAGAUUGCGACGGUAAUUCAACAAUAGUCAACUGCCCGAGUGACAUUACUUCCACGACUACAAAUGCGAGAGUAGAAGACUGUUCCACUAGUGGUAGUCUAUUGCGACUCACCGCGCCAUUGAAGUAUCCAGGUGAUCAGACAGAUUUCAACUCAAGACCGACAUGCACGUCCGACUUGGUGUGUUGGGCUUGGCAGGUCUCGUGUGGCAUGCAGUAUAUCAGCGAGAAAAAAAUAAUACACGGUGACUUGGCAACGAGAAAUAUACUUCUAACCGAUGACAACGUGGUGAAGAUCUGUGACUUUGGUUUGUCCAAGUCUCUCAGGGAAGAAGAGAAUCAGACGAGCACGGAAAACGGUCCUCUUCCUGUCAAGUGGAUGGCCAUCGAGUCGCUGAGAGAUCGAGUAUUUUCUACCAAAUCGGACGUCUGGUCUUUCGGGGUGGUUUUGUGGGAACUGUUCUCCUUAGCGAGAACUCCUUACCCCCUGAUAAGACCCGAGGAAAUGUGCCAAAAACUGGCCGAAGGUUAUCGUAUGGAGAAACCGCAAUACGCGUCCAGAAGCAUUUACCAAAUGAUGCUUCGCUGCUGGAAAGUGGAGCCAGCGGAACGACCGUCGUUCGAGAGGCUGAAGAUCGACAUUUCCGCGUUAAUUGAAGAGCAUGUAAAAACGUUUUACCUAGAUUUGGGCAAUCCGUACACCAGGAUUUACGGAGAUAUCUGGAAUCGCGAAAGAGAGACUCCGGCAGGUGCGGAAGAAUCGGGCGCCCUCCGAGAAGAUUCGUAAUGAAAUAAAUCCGAUCAACGUAUUUAAUG